UCUUACGCAGCCCUGUUUUAUGAGGGAAAAUGUAUCGUCUCGGCCAACAGUCUAUCUCCAAGAUCGCCUUCAAUUCCUUUUUAUCCGCUGUGCCACGGGAAUAUUUUCAUUUUACGAGACAAUACAAUAAAAGCUGGUCGUGUAUUGGCUGAUUUUGGAUCAAAUUAUACAUUUAUUUGCACGAAAAUGCCAAGAACCAAGAAGAAGAAAAACAGGGGAGGGCAGCAUGGAAAUGUGCAGCCUUUCAGUGAUGAGGAUGUCUCCAUUGAGACCCUCAGUCAUUGCAGCAGCUUCAGUGACACCACCAGUGUAGCAGAUGAAGGUGGAGAGUCCAGUGAGGACGCAGCCCAGGAGGAUUUCCAGUACAAGCUGAAGGGGUUCAUAGACAGCACGGUGGAUAAGAGUGCUAAGACCAGACAAGGGGCACUGGAUGGGCUAAAGACGGCAAUGGCCACACGGAUCCUGUAUGAGUUCAUCUCAGAGAGAAGGAUGACCAUCACAGACAGCAUCGAACGCUGCCUCAAGAAAGGCAAGGGCGAGGAGCAGCGAGCAGCAGCUUCUUUAGCCUGCCUGCUGUGUAUCCAGCUGGGCUCGGGCAUCGAGAGUGAGGAGGUGUUCAAGACCCUGAAACCCAUCUUCAAAAACAUCCUGGCAGAUGGAUCAGCCAACAUACAAGCCAGACAGGCUGUGGCGACAAGUCUGGGCCUCUGUACUUUAGUUGCAGAAGAUGACAUUUUGGACGUGCAUGCUACCAUGGAGUGCUUUGAGAACCUGUUCACCCGGUCCUAUGCUAAGGUGGAUGGUACCUGUCCUUUGAUCAGUCCCCAGACAAGCCAGCUCCACACCAACGCCCUCCUGUCCUGGGCACUACUGCUCACCAUCUGCACUGCCAACCAGCUCAAAGACAUCCUGCACAAACACCUGCCUAAACUGCCACGAUUGCUGGAAAGUGAGGAUGUCAACAUGAGAAUUGCUGCAGGGGAGACCAUUGCUCUGCUCUUUGAGCUGGCCAGAGACAUGGACUCUGAGUUUGAGUUUGAUGACUGGGAAGAACUGUGUGAUAAACUGAACGCGUUGGCCACAGACUGUAACAAACACAGAGCCAAGACGGACAAGAGGAAGCAGCGGUCUGUAUUUAGGGAUGUACUCAAGGCUGUUGAGGAGGGUGACUUCCAGUCUGAGACCAUUCGCUUUGGGACGGAGCGGAUGACCAUUGAUAGCUGGGUGAGAAAGAGGACAUAUGAUGCCUUCAGAGAGUUUGUGGGUUCUGGGAUGAACUACCACCUACAGGGCAAUGAAUUCAUCAGAGACGUGUUUGAACUGGGACCACCUAUGUUGGUUGAUUCAGCCACAAUGAAGGCCAUGAAAAUCUCUCGCUUUGAAAGGCAUCUCCACAACUCUGCUGCAUUCAAGGCUCGGACCAAGGCCAGAAGCAAGUUCAGGGACAAGAGGGUGGAUGUGGGAGAAUUUUAACUGUCUUUUUUUUUUUUUUUUUUUUUUUUUUUUUUUUUUUUUUUUUUGAUUCUAAUAACCUAUUUAUCAGCCUUCUCUGCUUUUUUAGAUGAAUUGUCACGGCUCUGUGUUCAUGUGGUCCUCUCCCAAAAUCUAUAUUUUGAGUAUCAAACACUCACCCUCUGUAGGCUUGAAAGGUGCUUCUUUUUUUUUUUUUCUAGCCACCUUUCAAACCAAUAGGAGGCGAGUGGUUGAUAUUCUUAAAUGUAUCUACACAUUAACAGUGGUGUUGUACAUAUAGUGUAUAUUUGUUCUCUCCUCAAGUUAAUAUUAAUUAUGUGGCCUUUUGAACAUAGGUAAUAAGUUAUAUAAUUUAGCCAGCAUUUGUCUUUGCACCGUGUAGUCCUAUUUAGUUCAUAGCAAUGUUAAGACACAUGUUGUGACUGUCCUAACCCUUUGAUGAAUUUGUAUUCAGUUGCACUACCUUGUUAACCCGUAGCAGGUUAUUUCUGUAGAACCUUGGUGAAUAUUGGUGAUGUCUUUUAGUAUUGGGUGUGUAAUCUAAAAGGCAAGGAUGGUGAAAUAAACAUUGAAAAGCUGUAA